AUGUCAGGAGAUUAUGAUGAGGAUAGGCAUCGCAAGGCAAUGGAGCUCCUUCAUGUGCUGUGUUCCAACACAUGUGCUGCCCAGGAGCGUGAGAAGUGCCAGGAACUGACAGGACAUGUGGGUCCCAUCAACACAGAGAUCCUGGUUAGCCUUCUGUCUGUGAUUGUGACUUUCUGCGGGAUUGUGCUGCUGGGCGUCUCCCUUUUCGUCUCUUGGAAACUAUGUUGGAUCCCCUGGCGGGAUAAAGGAUCCUCAUCACAAACCCAACGCAAGGAGCAUCUCCUCCAUGCCCAUCUCCACCACUCGCCUUUUGGGGAUCUCCUGGCUGAGCGGGUAGAAUUGGGUCCCGAAAUGCCUGAGAGAUCGUACCUCGAUAUGGAUUCCUAUCCCGAGGCCAACCUCAAAGUUAGCCAAACCUCCCCUGACCUCCCUGUGGAAAGUCAGACGGGUACCAAGGAAGGCAGCAUUCCCAAUGCCCACUCCCACCAGCAAGUAGCAAGCUUGGCACCCACUCCCAGGUACAACACACUGCCACGUCCUGUGACCCAGCAAUUGAGCAGCCCAGACACUGGAGUCCAUGGUGGGGGAGGAGGAGGAGAAGACAAGGUGGAACAAGUGACCAGCAUUGGGCAGAUAAAACCUGAACUGUAUAAACAGCGCUCAGGUGAGGCAGACUCCAAGAAAGGGGAGGCUCCAAGCUGUGGACAAUUGAGCUUUGCCCUCCGCUAUGCCUACGGCACGGAGCAGCUGGUGGUCAGAAUACUCCGGGCUUUAGACCUACCUGCCAAAGAUGCAAAUGGAUUCUCUGACCCCUAUGUGAAAAUGUACCUUCUGCCUGACCGUAAAAAGAAAUACCAAACAAAGGUGCAUCGCAAAACACUCAAUCCUAUUUUCAAUGAGACCUUUAACUUCAACGUCCCCUUUGCUGAACUGCCCUCACGUAAACUUCAUUUCAGUGUCUACGACUUUGACCGCUUCUCCCGUCAUGAUCUCAUUGGCCAAGUCGUCCUGGACAACCUGCUGGAAAUUGCUGAGCGGGACAAUGACGCUCCCCUCUGGCGGGACAUCAUGGAAGCCAGUUCGGAAAAAGCAGACCUUGGGGAGUUGAAUUUUUCCCUCUGUUACCUCCCCACCGCGGGUCGUCUCACAGUUACCAUUAUCAAGGCUACCAACCUCAAAGCCAUGGACCUGACUGGAUUUUCUGAUCCCUAUGUUAAAGCAUCCCUCAUGUGUGAAGGGAGGCGCUUGAAGAAGCGUAAGACUUCCAUCAAGAAAAACACUUUGAACCCCAGUUACAAUGAGGCUCUUGUCUUUGACAUUCCCCAGGACAGCAUGGAGCAUGUCAGCAUUACCUUGGCAGUCAUGGAUUAUGAUUGCAUUGGGCAUAAUGAAGUCAUUGGCAUGUGUCGAGUGGGCAAUGAUGCUGAUGCACCUGGGAGAGAUCAUUGGGCUGAGAUGCUGGCAAAUCCACGUAAGCCCAUUGAACAUUGGCACCAGCUAGUAGAGGAGAAGACUUUGAACAGCUAUAUCAACAAGAAUCCUCCAGCUCAAGAUAAACCUAGCAUCAUAGUAGAAAGUGUUCAUUCAGACUAA